GUCCGGAUGUUUGGGUGUUUGGGUGUGUUAAGAGGAACCAAUGCUACUACACAUUCCCUCAGCUUCCGCGUUAGGAAGUCUAACUCGAAAUGUAAACAAAGCGAUAUCCACAAAAAACAACAAAAACAAACAAAAUUGUUUACGCGUUUCAACAACAACAACACCAAGCAAUAGAAGACCAGAAGGCAGACGAAACGCAGAAUGUCACGCUCGAGCUCCAUUAGAAGACCCGAUGUCAUCCGCAACGACAGAUUCCCGCUACUUGAGGUUUCAGAGCUAUCGGUUUGCUUGAGAAGUUGUAACCUCACUGCACCAGAGGAAGACCUCUAUAGACCGACCCCAAUAUUUGUUCAAAAUUUGUUCAUCCAGAUCUUGGAUACCUUCCUCUCCUUGCCGUCAAGUGUUUUGAAGUCAAGACAGAGAAGAUUGCUAGAGGAGGAGGAAGAAACCCCUGGGGAGUUUGAAGAUAGCUUGGACAUUGUUACGCUUCAAAUGGUUUUGUACAAGUUCUUUGUUGAUUGUGGAGUUGACGAUUUCCUCAUUAUGGACUUGAUUAAGCCUGAGCCGAUACGUUUGAAGAGGUUGCUCAGUGCCGUGGUGAACUUUGCAAGAUUCAGGGAGGAACAUUUGUACGAUAACGAGCAGAUUAUUCACGAUAACAAUGUGAAGUUUGAAAAGCAUUCAGAGAUGUCUGCUGAGAAUACCAGAUUGAAAGAGAACAUCUCAAGAUUGAUCAAUGAUAAUGAUAAGAUAAAAUCAAAUCUUGACGAAUUGAAUAAACAUAAUGAAAGAGUUGAAUCUGAGUUGAGAAGCUUGAAAAAGAUCCAAGAGAGUUUGACCGCUGAACAUAUGAACUACAAGACUGAAAAAUCACGGUUGAUUCAGGCUUUGGAAGAUCAUAACUAUUUGCUAUUAGAAUCUAAGAAAGACCUCGAAAAGAUGAAGAACUACAUCAUUGAAAGCCCUGAGAUAAUAUCCAAAAUCAUCUCUGAUAUGCAGGAAUCCUUGAAAGACGAUCAGCACACUUUGAACGAAUUGGAGUUGAGGUCGAGAAAAUUGGCAAUCACUAUUGAAAGCGUCGGCAUAAUUCAACAAGAUUUGAAAAACUGUGUCAAAUUAGUGGAUGAACUCCAAGUAGAGUCUAACAAGGAAAACAUGAACAAUAAUAAGCUUAACCAACAGAAGGAAUUUUACGAGGACAGAUCCCUUAAACUGAAUGAGUUGGAACGUAAGAUUCAAUUGUUGCUACGCCAGAUCAAAAACAUGGAGGACAAGAUUGAAAGAACCUCUGAACAGAAGGAAGCGAGAAGAGGAGAAUAUGAGAAGAAGAUGAAACAACUAUCAGACACUUAUGCAAACGCUCUAGCUGAACAAGCUGUCACAGAUAAAGAAUUGCAGAAGAAGAAGAUGUAUAUCCAAUCUGUACAGAAGAACAUGCAAGACAUUGAAAUCGCUUUCAAGAAGGAAUAUGAUGAAACUACCCUCGAAUUGCAAAGGUUGAACACACAUGUGAAAAUUUACCUAAAUCAACUAGAAGAGAAGUUACAAUUAUGA